AUGCCUUUCUCUCUCCCGCACAACGCGCUACGACGACGAGACGAUGAUGACGAAACAGAAGAUGGGUGGUGCGAUGUCGCGACCAUUGAGGAUCAAUUCCUCUGGCCUCGUGAAGGCAAAACUUGGGUGCGUGGACAAACACAGAUGGUAGGCUGGGGAGCCGGGCGCGACAUCAACGGAACAUGGGAUGAAGGGAGCGCCAAAGUGAAGUUGGAGUUGAGGUGGUGGACAGGCACAUAUGGCCCAGGCCCGGACGAUCUGAAACCCAUAGUGAUAUUUGACAACAAGACCUUUGACUACCCUUCCUCCGACUGGAAACUCUGGAACCCCAAUUGCACAGACACAUACAUGAACUACACCUGGACAAUACCGAUGGACUUGGACGUUGGCGACUCCAAAUUCACAAUGACGGUGUACGAUGUGACGAACCGCAGCGACAUAGGCAUGUUGCAAAGUAGUUUAUUCUUCAUUAGUGCGGACAACGGAACAUCAACAGCAGAUUCAAAUACCGGCACCUCAACACCAGAAUCCUCACAAGAAACAACAACUUCAACGGGUCUUGCAACCGGUGCAAAAGCAGGUAUUGGCGCAGGCAUCGCUGUCUUUGCCUUAGUCCUCCUCCUCGUCGGCUUCUUCCUCUACCGACGCAAGAAGCGACAAACGCCAAGGACUACCCCAACAGAUCCAGAUGGAUUUGAAAAGCCAGAGCUUGAUGCUAAGUCGACUGGCAUUUCUGAAGUUGAUGGGACUGGGAUAUCUCCGCAUCAAGCGCCGGAUAAUGCGAUAUACGAGGCGCCCGGCGUGUUGGUACAUGAGGCACCCACUGGAAAGGAGCAGACGGUGGUGGAGAAGAUGAAAGCAGCGCGGCAGAUUAAUGAGGAACCGGUUGAGAUGCCAGCGGAUUCACCUAUGUCAUCGCCAAAGACAUCGCAGGACAGGCUGAAUAGGACAUAG